AUGUCUUCUGCUUUGGUUACGGGCGCCACGGGCAUCACCGGAAGCGCCAUUGUUCACCACCUGAUCAAAGAUAGCUCCUCUGAAAAAGUCUACUCGUUCUCUCGACGCAAUCCUGGUAACCAGCAUCCGAAGGUCCAACAUGUUACCAUGGACCUUCAGAGCUCUGUAGAGGACAUGACAGACAACCUUAAUGAAGUCUCUGCGGAAUUUAUCUACUUUUGUGCUUAUCUGGUCCCCGAGGAUCCGGAAGAGUUGUUGCGUGUAAACGUGACGCUCCUGAGCAACUUUCUCCAAGCCCUCAAGGUUACUGGAGCCGACAAAAAGAUCAAGCGCUUUAUCCUCACUUGUGGCUUCAAGCAGUACGGCGUCCACCUCGGACAGGCCAAACAGCCUUUCCUGGAAGAUGACCCCUUGCUAGAGAACAAAGAAGGGGUCAGUUGGCCUCCUAUCUUCUACUACGAGCAACAAAGAGUACUUAUUGAAGCCGCCGCCAAAGGCGGAUGGGAAUGGGUCGCCACGCUGCCCGAGGACGUGCUCGGGUAUGCGCGGGGGAACUUCAUGAAUGAGGCCACCUCUAUUGGGCUCUACUGCGCUGUGAGCAAAGCUUUGCCAGGAUCUGAGCUGCCUUUCCCAGGUAGCAAGGCCAAUUACUUCACGUUCAACUGCUGGACAUCGGCAAACCUACACGCCAAAUUCUGCCUCUGGGCCGCGAAGGCCCCUGGUGCGGGCAAUAACAUCUUCAAUGUGAUGAAUGGUGACACAGAAUCCUUCCAUAACCUGUGGCCUCGUCUUGCUACCCGAUUUGGAUGCAAGAUCCCGGAUCCAAUGUUCCCUAAUGGUGGUGUGCCGAAUACAAAGGGGUACCGGAACUACGAGUCGUUGACGAUCCCACUGCAGAACAGGCCGCCUCUCCAGGCGAAUGCAUCAUCUCUGGGCCUCUCGUCGGAUAGUUUGGUGAAAAACUCUCCCAAACUCUUCCUUCAGGUGGAUAUUGAGAAGUGGGCGCGUCGAGCUGACGUGAAUGAAGCCUGGGCUGGCCUGAGAGACAAGUACCAUCUUGAUCAACGGGCCUGGGACAAGGCAACCUGGGAUUUUCUAGUUUUGACCAUGGGCCGGGACUGGAGCUGUGUGGCGAGUAUGAGCAAAGCCCGGAAGCUGGGAUGGACAGGAUAUGCGGAUACAUGGGAGGAGCUGGAAGAUACCUUCCGAGUACUAGAAGAAGAAGGGGUACUACCGCCCGCGGAUCGGCUCCGUCGGGGAUUUUAG